AUGCCGGAGAAGGCGGUGGUCUCCUUACGCUAUGGGCCGUACAGCGCGGUGGGCCUGUCUGUGGAGCACCGCACCUUCCGCCUGGAGGGCCUGCAAGCUGUGCUGGCCAAGGAUGGACACGAGGUCAUCCUAGAGAAGAUAGAAGACUGGAACGUGGUGGAGCUUAUGGUGAAUGAAGAAGUCGUCUUCCACUGCAACAUCAAGGACCUGGAGUUUGGAGGUGACGGUAAAUUAGAUCCACUGUGUGAAAAGGCCAGGACAGCCGUGCUACAGGCCUACUGA